ACGAGUGAAUAUCAAUAAAUCUGAUUCAAACCGAAAUAAAAACUCGCGCGCUGAUGAGAUUUCGAUUCGGCCUGACCUCUCUCCGCCCAUUUCAAAACUCAUAAACCCUCCCUUCCUAACCUCUCUCUUUCCUACUCCACACUCCAGCAAUUCAGACUGACCCCCGCAAAAAUGAGACUCUCUCGUGCAUUCAGGGCCAAACCACGGGAAAACCAGUGCAACUACGACAACAACUGCAACUCGACAGCGUAUCCGUCGCCUCCACUGUCUGAGAGUACUGCGCAGACACGCAGAUCGCGGCGUAGUCGGUUUUUUGCGUUGUUCAAAACUCGCAGUCAGAGUACUAUUGCGAAUUCUGAAUUCAGCGGAAGAUCACCGGUAGAAAGUAUCUCGAUCAAGCCUGCUCUCGAUUAUCCUCGACAAAAGACUAUCUCUCGACAUUUCCAGAUCUUUACUUUUAAGAUCCAGAGGAAGAAGAAGAAGCAACUGUCUGUAUUACCUCUGCAAGAUCACGAAGAAUUCAGCGGCAAGAUGGAAAUCCCUGCUCUUCGACAAUCAGGCGCACAGCUAUUCCGCCAAUCUGAUGAGAAUGGUGGAAUACCAUCAAAAACAAAAGCAAACGCAAAAGCAGACACCGAGAAAGUGGAGAAAAGAAGUGGUUCGAUCUUUCGGAGACGCAGGGGGAAGAAAGCAGUGGAGGGCGGUGAAGAUGGGGGUAUGAAGAAGCGUACGACAGGGUUAGCUGUGCUGUCGAAUGGCAAUGUGCAGGCUCCUCAGUCUGUCGUAUCUGAACUUCAGACAGCAGAUGAAGUGGUUUCAGAAGAAGAAAUCUACGAUCAAGUCUACCUCGAGAGCAGCAGCGAGCGAGCACAAGCCGACGAAGAGGCAAGUCCGAGAUACGUCGGUCAUGCGACUAUCAACGACCAGGCUAUCAGCGAGGCGCAGAAGCUGUUGAAAGACUCACUUCGCCGGAAACCAGACAAGAGUGCUCUUGACUGUGAAGCGCCAGAGGUUAUCCCGGUCGAGCAGGAUCCGACCGACGACGUACUACCCGCGGACCAAAGCGGAGCAACCGGCGGCGUCACUGGGUUCUUGUCGGGAUGGUACAAGAGUCUUCCGGCGAUCAACAUUUUCAGCGAGAGAGACAGACAGAGAGAGACAAGAGAGCAGGUGAGAAGGAAGGCGACAGUCAGCGAGGAGGAGGAGGAGGAGGAGGAUGAGUGGAUGAAGUAUGAGCGCAGGUGGAGUAUCUGGGAUGAGCCGUAUGGCGGGUAUUCUACGGUGCACUCGUGGUACUGGGGCGGGACUCCGUUGGUGUAGAGUUGAUGUUCUUCUGUUGUUCUUCUGUUCUUUUUCAUGUUAUUCUUGUUGUUCUUCUUCUUCUUAUUGUUAUUGUUCUUCUUCAAGUGAUGAGUGGUGACGUCACUGCCGGCUCUUCGCGGCUCGCCUGGGUGCUUCUAGAACGAGCCCUAAACCACCUGAGCCUCACGUGCCGGUCGCAUAAAUCAGACGAAGCUGCUUCUG